AUGAUACGCAACGCUUUAGUCACUGGUGCUUCGCGAGGAAUUGGGCGUGCCAUUGCUCUUCGCCUUGCCAGAGAUGGUUUCAAUGUGGCUGUCAACUCUACUUCAUCAAGCAAAUUAGAGCUGAACUGCGUUCGAAAAGAAAUUGAAGCGAUCGGUCGGAAAUCUCUUGCCAUCACUGCUAAUGUUUCUGUUGAUAAAGAAGUCGAAACAAUGGUGCAACAUGUUGUAAAAGAACUUGGCAGUUUGGAUGUUAUGGUUGCCAAUGCAGGAAUUUCUCAGAUAAAACCACUUAUUGAUGUCACUUCAGAAGAGUGGGACAAAAUAUUUGCAACGAACAUGCGUGGCCUCUUUCUUUGCUACAAAGAAGCUGCUAAAGCUAUGAUUGACAGAGGCAAUGGAGGCAAAAUCAUUGGAGCUUGCAGUAUUGUUGGAUACAGGCCAUUUCCAAUGGUGAGUCCUUACUCGGCCAGUAAGUGGGGUGUGCGUGGUCUUACACAAGCUGCUGCCAUGGAAUGGGCCAAAUACAAAAUAACGGUUAAUGCUUACUGUCCUGGUAUGUUCGAUACUAUUCUCUUUCAAAUUCAAAAGCAUUCUAUUGUAAUUAAAACAGGUAUUGUUCAAACUGCCAUGUGGGAUAUGGCUGACGAAGAAUUGGCGAAAAUUAAAGGAAAACAAAAAGGAGAGGUUAUCAAAGACUACUCAAACAAGCUUAUCGCACUUGGGCGUAUAAGCGAGUCAGAAGAUGUAGCAAAUUUUGUAUCAUAUCUUGCAAGCAAGGACUCGGACUAUAUGACUGGACAGAGUAUUAUGAUUGAUGGUGGAAUUGAGUUUUCUUAA